CGAUCGAAGGUGGAGUUUUCUGACCGGGUGAGAGUUGUGCUCGCUUCGAUUUGCCGAGGUCGCGAAUCAUAACCGGCGGGAGACUAUCACGAGCAUCUAAUCCGCAUCUAAUCCGACCGACAUCGCGUCAAGGGCCGAACUCCUUUGCGGCUCCUCCACAUUCAAUCCCCACGCUCCCUUCACACACACACACGCUAUCAACUCUCCAAGUCACGCCCCAUCGUCAUACAUCUACCACCCGAUCGAAGCUGGACUUCUCGCCCUCGCGAUUCAUACUCGGCCUGGCAUUUGGGGAUAAAGAAGCAGACAAGAUGGUUGCAGACGCCCUGAUCUACCACCCGACGGUGUCGCAUUACCUCAAGUUUGUUGCAACUACUGUCGGCCGCGACAAAGUCCUCCGCACGCUGCAAUACUUCUCCCGCUUCCUCGCAUGGUAUCUCUACCGCACCAACCGCCCGCAAUCCACCAUCGCCCCGUUCGAAGCGACCAAGAAGACUUUCGGCGCGACGCGCAAGUUGAUGCGCGUGGGCAAGUUCGUCGAGCACUUCCGCGCUGCGGCCGUCGCGAGCGAUGCGAAGAGCCUGGAUCCCGUGCUGAGGUUCACGGCAAUCGGAAGGCAAUUGGGUUAUGCGUUCUACAUGCUGUUUGACAAUGUCUGUGUGCUCGAUGCAACCAGUAUCCGCAAAUUCAGCACUUCUGCCCGCCUAGUCCGCGAAGGCUACCGUGCGUGGUUCACGGGUAUCUCCUUUAGCAUUGUCUCGGGUCUCUACUCGUACUACGGGCUUUCCCUGCGCUCCAGGGCGAUCAAGUCGUCCUCGGACCCGGAGAAGGUUGUUGAAAAGAAGAAGGUGGAGAAGGAGCUCAAUGCCGUCAAGGUGCAGCUCAUCAGCGACUUGUGUGAUAUUACUAUCCCGAGUUCCGCGCUGGGAUGGGUGGAUUUGGAUGAUGGCAUUGUCGGGCUGGCGGGCACAACGAGUAGUUUGUUGGGCGUGUGGAGCCAGUGGAAGAAGAGUGCUUGAAGUGGAUUGUUGGUUGGAGGCUUAAGACGUGGGUAGAGUAGGGAUCUUUCUGACACUUUGGGGAUGACCAUACAGCCACUUUUAUAUUUAGUAUUUGGAUUCGAUGUCAGGUUUACCUUUGUGGAAGAUGGCAAGCUUGAAUAUAAUCUCUUUCACCUAGUUUACUUCAUGUGUCUGCUGAGUACAGCGGACUUGUGAUAUCGAAGUAGUUUUGAUAUUAAGGAGAGAAGUUGAUGAACAUGGGUAAGGACAAGAACCUCGAUCGGAUAUCUACAAUUCUCCGCUGUCGUCUUUGAUCUAGGUUUCGAGUGAAUUAUCCGUCCCUCGUAACGAGGGUUAGAAUCUAAGAAGAUCUUCAAAUGACCCCAGUAUUUAUG